GGCCCAGCAAACUUAAACCACCGGUCCAUACGAGGGCUCGUCUCCUCCUCCCUCCUCCGCGCGUCACCGCCGACCCCGAAUCCAUGGCGAUGGAGCCGCGGCGAUUGCUCGUCCUCUACGCUUCCCAAACGGGGAACGCCAUGGACGCCGCCGAGCGCGUGGGGAGGGAGGCGGAGCUUGGGGGUUGCGCCGCGGUGGAGGUCGUGUCCAUGGAUCGCUUCGAUGCGGGUUGUUUACCGAAGGAGCGUGUUGUAGUUUUCGUGGUGUCGACGACGGGGCAAGGGGAUCCACCGGAUUCCAUGAAGGUUUUUUGGAGGUUUCUUUUACAGAGGAAUCUCGGUAACCAGUGGUUGGAAGGAUUGAACUAUGCUGUAUUUGGGCUGGGGGACUCCGGAUACCAAAAAUACAAUUUUGCAGCGAAGAAGCUGGACAGAAGGCUUGUGGAUCUUGGGGCUAAACCAAUUAUUGAAAAAGGUUUGGGAGACGAUCAGCACCCUUCAGGGUAUGAAGGUGCUUUAGACCCAUGGUUGUUGUCUUUGUGGAGGACACUGAAUCAAAUAUAUCCAUCGAUUUUACCACGGAUGUCAGAUAUUUUGCAUCCAGAAAUGAGAACUUUGGAGAAUUCAAAGUUUCAGGUCAUUUACCAUUCAGCCGACUCAGUGCAACAAGAUUCAGACAUGUCAGAACAUCCUGAGAACUUUGUGAAGCUGAUUGAGAGAGCUCGCUUGAUGUCUCCUGCACUUCAGUGUCAUGAUGAGGAGAAGCCCCAUCACUUAUUAAGGAUGGUGACAAAUAAACGAUUAACCAAGGAGGCCUAUGAUAGAGAUGUGCGCCAUUUUGAAUUGGAGUCUCUGUCUUCUGUCAUUGAUUUUCAAGUAGGCGAUGUUCUGGAGAUUCUCCCAGGUCAGAAUCCAAGCGUUGUUGAUGCCUUCUUACGACGCUGUAAUCUAGACCCUGAUUGUUGCAUCACAAUUCAGCGCAGAGCUACAGAGAAGGAAUCUCUUGAUCCAAGCCAGAAUGGCGUGGUUCAUCCUAUUAAACUAAGAUCCUUUGUUGCAUUGGCAAUGGACAUCGCAUCAGCAUCUCCUCGACGGUAUUUCUUUGAGGUGAUGAGCUUUUAUGCCACUGCCGAACAUGAGAAGGAAAAGCUCCAACACUUUGCCUCUCCUGAAGGAAGGGAUGAUCUAUACCAGUAUAACCAGAAGGAGCGUAGAACUGUUUUAGAGGUACUAGAAGAUUUUCCAUCUGUGCAAAUGCCAUUUGAGUGGCUGGUACAGCUAGUCCCUCCACUAAAGAAAAGAGCAUUUUCUAUAUCUUCCUCUCCCUUGGCCCAUCCGAAUCAAGUGCACCUAACUGUUAAUAUAGUCUCAUGGACGACACCUUUCAAGAGGAAGCGGCAUGGUCUCUGCUCCACGUGGCUAGUGGCACUCGAUCCACAAGAGAGUAGAGGAGUCGUCAUCCCUUCUUGGAUCCACCGAGGCUGUUUGCCUCCACCACCUCCAUCUCUUCCACUUAUACUCAUCGGCCCAGGAACUGGCUGUGCACCAUUCCGAGCAUUUAUAGAACAAAGGGCAGUACAAAAUACAAAAGGGCCAACUUCCCCAGUUCUCUUCUUCUUCGGCUGUAGGAGUCAGGAAAGCGACUUCCUAUAUGAGCACUUCUGGUUAUCUCAUUCUCAGAACCACGGAGUUUUAUCCAAGGAGAAGGGUGGUGGCUUCUUUGUGGCUUUCUCUAGAGAUCAGCCGAAAAAGAUCUAUGUGCAGCAUAAGAUUAGGGAAGAAAGUGCGAGAAUUUGGAGGCUGUUGAAUGCAGGAGCUGCGAUAUAUAUUGCUGGGUCUUCCACGAAAAUGCCCACAGAUGUUACUUCGGCAGUUGAAGACGUUAUUGUGAAAGAGAGCGGGAUGUCAAAAGAGUCGGCUUCGAGAUGGCUCAGGGCAUUGGAAAAAGCUGGUAGAUUCAAUACCGAAGCAUGGUCGUGAUAUAUGUAUUUAUAAAGGAGAAAAAGAGUACAGGUCCUGGCAACUUAUUGGUUGCUUUCAUGCAAGGCUCUCGACUCUUCGGUUUUUGAUCAAUACCAUCUCAAUUUCACUACUCUGGAAAUAAGUCAUGUAAGGUGCAUGUUCUGCUAUCUCAAUGUGAAUUAAUGUAGACUGAUGGAAGCCUCAGCGCAAAAAAAAAUUGAAAGCUUCAGUUAAGGAGCCUAUGCUGAAACAGGAUAUGCUUGAAAUUUCCUUACUUCAAUUCGCCUGUUCGCUGAGCAUGAGGAGUAUGGAUGUUGAGUACCUUUACUAUUGUGUCUGAGUUCUCUGCUUUUCAGAAUCUUCUACUAGUGUUGUAGUGUACUAGUUCUGUAGUGUUAGGAUUGAACAAAUUGUAAGUUCAUUGUUUUCUUGAUUCUAUUGUUCAGCUAUUUCGUUACUCA